AUGAGCCAACAGUAUGACUACCCAUGCCCCCCUCCGCCGCCGAGUCCAACCUCUUACGGGCCGGCUAGAGCUCAACCUGGCCAUGUUCACCGCACAGGAUCUGCGCCUGAGCAGCCUCGUCCUAUAACGACUGCUUUCCUCGGUGGUCAAUCCCAGGUUUCCACUCCCAUCUAUGGAUCACACCUCUCUCCGGGUGGACCCCACUCUUAUAGUCCCCGGACUCCGAGCGCUUUGAAUCCUCAGACUCCUGGAGGCCUUCUUCCACCCGCACCACAGCCUGGAGCUGCACCUAGGACGCCUGUCAUGGAGCCAUAUAAUCCGAGGCAAUGGAACAACACCAGAGGCCAAGUGUCUGGCUCACAAAUGGUAUUCCAGCAGAGGCACAGCAACGCGCCUUUGAAUACCACCCAUGUGACGGGCAUGGAGGCUGCAAUGCCGUCUCCGCCUCCACCAUACUCACCGGAAACACCUGACAACCCUGCGCGAUCUGCAAUAGCAUCGCCCAUGAUGGAUAGUAUUGGAUUCACUCCAUCACCUGUUCCGGCUGAGAGGAACAUCUCGCCUCAGAUGAAUAGGUCGCCUGCAUUCCCUCCACCUCCACCCCAGGCAUCUCGACAUCGGGAGCGUUCAGCGUCUGGUCAAGGAGGACAACGUUCAUUCUUCAGCCUUGCUAGCUUACGAGGGAAGCAGCCUGUCAGUGUCGAUCAGCCUUUCCCCCCACAAGCUGGCAGCUCCGCAUAUAUACCGUCGUAUAUUGAUACGAGACCGCCGGCGUCCAGAAGAGCAGCAUCGACUGGCCAUAUACAAUCAGGUGGAGCAGGAUCUUCUUCCUCUGCUGCUAUUGUCAAUGCCGGGCGUGGAUCACCAGAAAGUCACUGGCGUCAAGGCAUGCCUCUGCCGGGACCUCCUCCUGGACCUCCACCUCCUCCCACCAAUCGCUCGCAAAGCUUGAACCGUCCAAUAGGUGCGCCAGGACCUAGCAACCUGAAUGCAGAUUGUGGAUUUGAAGCGUCAAGGCAGAGAAGGACAAUGGCAGUUUCAAAUUUGGGUCCAGUCCCUCCCACGCCUGCAGAUUGGGUUGAGACGGAUCAAGCUCCGCCAAGUAGCGAAGAGGUCCUUUCGCUGGUACCACAAUCUCAUGCUGAUACGAUUGUCGAUCCGCAACCAUUGCGAAUUGAUACCGGUGCGCACCGGGAUUCCUCCCUGACUCGACGUCGUGUAACACGAGACAUGAGUGCGCAGGGGAUUCGAGAGAGACGAUCGAGAAGCCGUGCCACACAAGGCGGUAUCGAUGGUGACUCUCGUCCAACAAAUCUGAUAUUCUCACCCGAUGGAGGAUCGAUCAAGCAAAGACGUGAACAUACCCGAACGGCGUCUGGAUACCCUGGACCUGGACCAUCAUCCGCUCCAGCUGCAACGCAGUCGAAUUCCAAGGCGCCCGAAAACGUUCUUACGCCUCCCUACACACCAGCUGUGAGCAAGAAACAUGUCAAACUGCCAGGAAGUGCUUCGAGUGAUAGGCCGGUAUCGCAUCUGCUGCACACUCCCAAUGAGGAUAACACGAGUAUGCAUGCUCCAUUGAGCCCAGGACGACCUGCCUCGAGUCAAUCGACGAAGACUCCCUUCAACUUGGACGCCUUCUCUUUGCAAGCGAUCGAGCGGCAUCGAGUAUUCGUCGAGAAGGAAGCUGCUGCGGUAUCUGAUGAGGAAAGAUUGGAGCUGUUUGCCAAUUUUCUCGUUCACGAGUCGAGACUACGACGAGAUCGGUACACUGCUGCCUACAAUGCCAUGGCUGGUGAUAUUGUUGAUCUUACCAGAGACAUGUGGAGACCAUAUGCUACUCGCAGCAGAAGAGCCAUCACACCGAGCACUUCAAUGUCUUCCUUUGAUCCCACAGCUCCAACUUGGGGCACAGACAGCCAGCCAACUUCUGCACACGGGCAUAUGCCAGGUUCUGCAUCCUCGUUGGGCGACUUCACUCCUGGUACGGAUUCCGGAUCGAUGGGCGAGCUCGGCGAAGGGUAUGAGCGGACAGAGAGUCGGCAAUGGGCAGAAUCUUUCAAGCCUUCGCUAUCACCCAUUCCAAGUAUGGCGGUGAGCACGGUACCGGAUGAGAAUGAUUCAAGAGGACGAUCAGCAAGCCGCUGGUGGGAAGCCGGGCAAUCUGGAGCCGGCUCGAUCGGGAGACCUGACAGGAUGGAGAAGUCGCGGCGUGAGACCAAAUACAUGGGUGUCAAUCCUGCAGUCUUACAGGCAACUUCACAACCAGAGUCGGAGCCUUCUCCUGGUGCGAGUAAUCAUGCGUACAUGUAUGGUCCUGAUGAGUAUCCUCCCGAAAAGGUUGGCUGGCAUGAAGGGCCUGAUCUAGACACGCCGAUGCAGACACCUCACCGGAUUCCGGUAACUACUCCUGGGAUUGAGCCGCUCGAUGUCUCUCGAUUAGUCACACUUCCUCCCCCAUAUCCGCGCCAUCAUCCUGCUGUUAAUAACAGUCACCCUUUGUUGAACGACCUGCGUGGUGAGCAUCGCUUCCUGGCCGAUCAAUCUGAAAUUCAGAAGAUUAAAGAUGCCUACCUCGACAAAGAUUUUGCUCUUUCGCGUGAGCAACAAGAAGGCGAGAAGAAGCGUCGCAGCAGAUUACGAUCUGAAAUUCAAAGCAAAAUCGCAGAUGGCAGCAUGUCAUUCGCAGAUGCAGCAAAAGCUGAAGCGGAUUUUGAUGUCGACGAAGCCGAGCGAGGCAAAGCCAGCGCUCGUGCAAGAUUCGACGUCUUUGAAACAAGCGUCUCCCAUCCCUUGAACACUCUCCUGACCGAACGACUGGAGCGAGCGAGCAAAAGCAUCCGGCAACUCCGCGCCGAACUCCAAAGUAACCACGAAUCCACCAACCCGAAUCAAGCACAAGAAGAAGGCGACGAGCAUCCCGAACGCUUGGAGAAAUUGACACUGCUAAAGUGGCUGUUCGAAGUCCGAGAGCUACUCCACAAGGAAAUGUUCGACCUGCACGCCAUGCGAAGCGACAAGUACUCCGAAGUCAUCCUCACGCCCUACCGCAUUGCGAAACUCGCGACGAAAAUCGACGAAGCGACUACAUUUUUCAAAAAAGAUCGUCUGGAGCGUCAAGUGACUUUCGCCAAGGACUCGUUGAAGCGCGUGGAGGAAUUGCAAGCGGUGAUGGAAUGGAAUGUUUCGCGGGGCGUGGAGGAUCAAUUGAGUGCUUUUUGGGACAUCGCGCCGGGAUUGCUGGAGGUGAUUCAACAGAUUCCCCUGACCAUGUCGGAGAUGGCGCGGUUUGAGAUUCGCAUCCCGGGGCAGGAAAUCGAGGAGAAUCCGUCGUAUUUGAGACAUCCGAUGCAGUAUUUGGAUAGUCUGUUGGGGCAUGCGGAGAAGAGCGCGUAUCAGUUUAUUGAGAGUCAGGUGAAUCUGUUGUGUUUGUUGCAUGAAGUGAGGACGGCGACGGCCAAGAGUCGAUUGCGUGUGUUGGAGAUUGAGAGGGUUGUGGAGAUUGGGGAUCAUGGGGAGGAAGGGGUUGGGGUUGAGAUGGGGUUGGCGAGGAGGGAGGCGGAGGAGGAGUUGACGAGGGAGUUGAAGGAGAAGGUUGGUGAGGUCGAGGGGCAGUGGGAGGAGGCGCUUGGGGCUGGGUUGGGGGAUUGUAGGGAUAGGGUAAGGGAGUGGUUGGAGGGGAGUGGUGGGUUGGAGGAAGGUUUGGAUGGGUAG